AUGGUCGGAAAUUUCCUUAUUUUUCUUAUUCUCUUUGCUAAUGUCUUCGCUAGGGAGGAUUAUCUUCGAUUGGCGCCGGACUGUUCCGUUGUCGCGACGCGAAUAAUUUCAACCAUCACUGAUGGGUAACAUAACGUCUAUAAACAAAAAUUUCUUUAGCCCAUGCACCAAUUUGGCGACUGUUUACAUCGAUAAGUCCUCAAUUUUGAUUUUGAGGGUCAAAGAUUCGAAGACCAUCGAAUAUGCGACUUUGGAUGGAGAACGGGGGGAAGGAGCAGAAGGCUCUGUAAAGAUGUUGAAGUUCUAUGGUGCCUCCUUGGAAUACGGUAAGGAAAAUUGCCAAAAAAAGGAAACAUACCAAUCAAAGAUAUGAUUGUUUACAAGAAAAAAAUAUUUUUUCCAAACUGCGCCCGAGCUUUGAAUAAAAUAUUUUUUUGAGGACAAGCCAACAAACGUACGAUAUUCCUAUCCAUUUUCUGCUUGUUUUUCCUCCACAGUCAAAUAUUCACCAAUUUGUUCAAAGAGACAUGUUAUACGAUGAAAAGUGUUUGAUCGUAUAAAAUGUCUCUGCGUACCAUUUUUUGCAGUGAUAUUGCGUUUUGUGCGUGUAUCAUAAUGCUAAAUGUUUAUGUCUCAUAUUUUAAUAGCCGGAGACAUUUUAUACGAUGAAACAUGUUUGAUCGUAUAAAAUGUCAGUCUACGCAUAAUAUAAGUAUCGAAAAUUUGCUCUUAUAGGCCAUAAAAUAUGCCCUGAAAAUUUUGCAGAAGUCAUUUUGGCGCCAGAAAAUUGAUCAGAUAUUGUUUUAGCUCUUGGAGACGAUUGCAGCCUAAGAUCGGAAUCGCUCAGCGCAUUUAUGGACUUCCGCACACUCUACAUUAAAGUGACCUGCGGACAUGUCCAAGCCUUCGUUCGAAGUGUGGUCUAUUCGACGAAGAUGAUCUACACGCCACCGGGAGUGCCUAUUUAUGUGGAUGCCAACAUCCAUAACCGACUGUUUGGAAUAGCGCCGAGCUUGGAGUUGAGGGUAAAAAAUGGUGACAAAAUGGGUCCAAACUGCUUUAAAUUCAACAAAAGUUAUUUUUUAGACCUUUUUUAUGGUUCUCUUUCAGCAAAUCGAACCGAAUUUAAAUGUCGAAGCCAAAGUCUUCGAAAUCCCGAUGGAAGGCGGCGAUGCCAGGGUCCGAAUGCUCACCAGAUUAAACUCCACUGGCUCUACGAACACCCCGUUCGAAGCCGGUUCGAUUUUGUACUCGUAUUGGGAGAACGAGGAGAAGAUUAUGGUGGCGGUGAAGAGGAGCGGCGAAAUUCGGUUCGGGUAUUUUGAGAAGAAAAUCGACAAUUUUACUGGUAAGCUUGAGAUUCCAAUAGUAAAAAAAUUCUUAAAAUAAUGAAUAUGGAGUCUUUUGCAUUAAUUGUCUUCGGGGACAUUGUAUACGAUGAAUCAUGUCUCGUCGUAUAACAUCUCUCCAGCGAGAGAAAAAUUUUUAGAAGUGGAAAUAUGGUCCAUUAAAUCUGUUAGGGUUGGGUUCCGCCGGAUUUUGAAGUUUAAUGAGGGCACAUUUUAUACGACGAAAUAUGGUACAUCGUAUAAAAUGUCUCCUACCUUGAAAAGUAAAUGCCAAAAUUUUUAAGGGUUCCUAUGAGACGUUUAUAGUUGCUAUGUCGCAUGUUGAUCCUUGAUUAUUCUUACGGACGAGAAAAAAAGAUUAAUUUGUUGGCUUUCAGAGGUCUGCGAGCCAAUCUCCGGGGUCGGAAACUCGCUUUUCUUUUGUUUCUUGGACCUCGCGUCCACCGGAGGCGGAGAAUACACUUGGAUGAGGAGCGAUCUGGUCAAUGAUGAGUGGUUCUCCCAAGAGAAGGUAGGAAAACUGGAAAGAAUGCCUAAGGGCAAAAAUUUAAAAUCGCUUCAAAUUUGGCAUACGCAUUCUUUAUGGGUCGAAAAUCAAUUCUGUAAAAUUUUAGCUUGCCAUUUGCAGCGGGACUGGAGAUAUUAAGCGAUCUUUUUUCGAGAGAGCACGCAAAAUGAGGAGAGACGGUCAGAGAAAAAACGUUUUUUGGCUGUAUCUUUGCGGAUUUCGCUCGGAAAGAAGUUUUUUUUGUUGUGUUAUUGUAAUAGGAAGCUACAGUAGACUACAAGAAUUUUUUUUUUCAAAUUUUUUUAAAUUUUCAAAAAAAAUUUUUUCAGAGUCAUUUGCCCAACUUGACCGAACCUGUCCAGCAAUGCUCCAAUUGGACUCAUAGGUAAAUUAUUUCGAAAAAAACCUCAUUUUUUUAGACGAGCCCAAAUUGUCGGAGUCCUUUUCCCAAUGGCCAUCGCUGAAUUGACCUUUCUGAUUGUGACGAUCCUCAUCUUCAGCUGCUGUGCGUUGGGAAGAAAAAAGAAAUUGUAUAAAGAAUGCAAGUAAAUUAAAAUUUUUGGGGUUUUUGCAAACUUGAUUACUGUAUUUUUAAUUUCAGAUACUGCGGCAAAGUUGGAAUGA